AUGGACAAGCACGAAGAAAGAGACGAGAAACGCAGGCAUAGACUGUCGCUUCUUGGAAUUCAAUCAGAUCGAUCCGACGACUCAUCAGAUGACGGUAGAACAGAUCCCAUCAACAAUCAAAAUGUGGCUACCUCGGCAUCACUUCCACCAGCAUCACAGGCUAGCACUAGCCAACGAAUGGAGAAGCAGGCUAGCCGCCCUUCCAUGUUUUCAAUGAGAAGUCCAUUUCUAGUUGGCGGGGAAUUGAAAUCCCGGGUAUCAAAUGUUGCUCGAAUGCCAUCAAGGCGAUCCAUAAUGAGUGACGUUGAGAGUGGCGGUAUCUUGCGGGAGAAGCAACCGCCACCUUCACCUCGACCGAGAAAUAGCGUCGUUGGCAGUCUACAACGGAAUGAGAGUCAAAUGACUAUUCCUGGGGCGUUUCGGGUGCAUGCAAAUGGAAUAAUUGACGAUGAUCCAACAGUUUCCAGUUUGAACACGAAGGAAACUGGCCCAUUUGUCAUUGACCAUGCUUCAUUGAUUGAAAAUCCAGAUCUGCGCGCCCAUCUUGCUAGUGGAGGAGCUAUACCAACCGAUCACCCAUUGACAAAUGGUGCAACUGGAGGACCGGCUCCAGAUCAUGGAGCCUAUCCAAUGCCAAGCUACUCACUCAACCGAAACAGGACGCCAACGGCCAUGCCUUCGCUUACCUCGUCUGCACCGAUUGGAAUUGGUGAACCAGUAUCAACUCGUCGCAACCAAGAUGGUUUUAGCAUGAAUCGUCGACAAAUUCGGCUCAUGUUCUUAAUGUUAGCUGUGGCAGUUGGAGCAUUGAUCACUGGUGUAGCUGUUGCAAUCGACGGCAGAUCCGAACCAGAAGAGUUGCCGGUGAAUUCUGCAGUGGAGACCUCUCCUUCGAAUGAGCAACCUUUGGAUUGGAAUGAUGAUGGCAUUUCUCUUGGCUUCUCAAACGACUCGAAGGAUGUUAUGGACAAGUAUAUCAAUGAAGAUGUAUUCCCUACUCUGUCACCUACAGUUUUGAUUAAGGAUUCACGUGCGUCAGUACCGACUGCAGCUCCAAGUGCCGCAAUCACGUCCAAACCCACAAUCGAAGAGUCCAGUUCGCCAUCGCAAUCACCAUCCACUCCGUAUCCAACUCCGCUUCCAACAACACCAAAUCCAACUGAACCGUUGGCUACACCCGAGCCAUCGAGUACUCCGACAGGACAAAGGCCAUCUUCUUCGCCUUCAAAUUCUUUCCCUUCUCUAUCGCCAACCUUGAUUUCAUCAUCUACUCCUUCUAUAUCCACCACUACUGGCAUGCCGACGACUCGGAUUUCAUCAAAAUGGCCAUCACAAGUGCCAACACAGUCGCCAUCACAAUUUCCAUCCACAGUCGUCACAACAGUGAAGCUAACCACGUCGUCACCAACCAUAGCCCCAUCCGAAACAAUUUUCGAAAUGGAGCGGACAACUGGUCAGAAUGUCACCAACAUGACAGAAAGUGAUAAUGGAGAUAUUGGCGAAAACUCGACCAACACAACAGGAAGUGACAACGGAGAUGCUGCCGACCACCAGAAUAGCACAAGCACCACAGGAGAGGGUGACGCGACAAUGAAUGAGCAUAAUGUCACCCAAGACUACUGGAGAGAUCAAGUCAGCGUGGCGACUGCUGGCGAUGUCACUCCCAUCAACUGGUCUGAAUGA